UUGUUCCGAGAGUAAUUUCAUUUCAGAAGUCAAAAUGUGGAGACAACGAAUCCGCAAUCAGAACAUCGAAAAUUCACUUGAUGCAUUAUCAAUCAUGAAUAAUGAAACUUUCAAAAACGUCAACAAAAUGUUGCGAAUUUUGGCAGUGUUACCUGUGACAACAGCAACUCCAGAACGAUCGUUUUCGACCUUAAGAAGGAUAAAGGAUUAUCUGAGAAACACAAUGGGACAGGAGCGUCUCAACGGUCUUGCAUCUUUGAACAUCCAUCAUCGCAUUGAUUUAACUGAUGAGGAAAUUCUCAGAAAGUUUUUUGAGAAGCCUCGAAAAUUUAAAAGUGUUUAA